AUGAGCGGUUCCGCGCGCAAUGGCGGCGGUCCCGCCGCGGCGAAACCGAACGCGCAAGCCAUCCCGGGGCUGCAGGGCGGCGGCGUGAAGCGCCACUCCCUCGCCGAUUUCGAAAAGCUCGUCACCAUCGCGAAAGGCUCGUUCGGCGUCGUGUACAAGGCGACGAAGAAGGACACGGGGCGCGUGUACGCGCUCAAGCAGGUCGACAUCUCGAACAUGAACCGCGCGCAGAGGGAGGAAGCCGUGGACGAAGCGCGCGUGCUCUCCACCCUCGACAGCAAGUUCAUCAUCAAGUACUACGACUGCUUCCUCGAGGACGGGAAGCUGAACAUCGUGAUGCAGUACGCUCCGAACGGGACGCUGCACCACAGGUUACAGAAGCAACCGGGGAAGGUUCUCCCGGAGAGGGCGGUGUGGAAGUUUUUCAUCCAAGCGCUGCUCGGUUUACGGCACAUCCACGCAAAGAAUAUCAUCCACCGCGACGUCAAGUCCCUGAACUUGUUCUUCGACUCCGAGGACAAUGUCGUGAUGGGAGACUUGGGGAUCGCGAAGGUCCUCAGCGCGAACACGCAGUUCGCGCAGACGAUCGUCGGGACGCCGUACUACCUCUCCCCUGAACUGUGCGAAGAUCAGCCGUACAACGAAAAGUCCGACGUCUGGGCUCUCGGGGUUGUCCUGUACGAGAUGUGCACCGGCGGUAAGCACCCGUUCGACGCGCAAAACGAAGGUGCGCUGAUUCGCAAGAUCAUGAAGGGCGUGUACCAACCGCUGCCUCACGGAAAAUUCAGCACGCAGCUCUCGGACAUACUGCGAAUGUGCCUCACCAUGGACCAUAAACACCGUCCCGAUACUGCGAAGCUGCUCGCGCACCCCGCGAUCGUGAGUCGAGCGAGAAGCUUGGACCUCGUGUUGGACCCGGAUGCGAAAAACGUGACGAAGUCCACAGUCGGCGACUUUGGCAUCAACGCCGCCUCGAAGGAGAGGCAAACGGAGGCGCCGGUCCAGGAGGCUCCCGUGGAACGCAAGGCCACGCACGAGCGACCGCCCCUGGCGGAGAUGCCUCCGCCGCCGCCGCCCGCGGAUUGGGAACUCCCGUCCAACCCGCACCUGAGGCAGCAGAUGCGUUCGGGCGACGCGUUGAAGCAAGCGAGCCGCGGGUCGCAGCGCGUGUACCAACCUGAGGCUCCGCCUAUUGGAAAAGCCGGGAUGGACGAUAACAUCGAUUACCCCGCGUACGAUCAAAGCCGCAGAGCGGACCCGGCGCCGAACUCGCGCGCGGGCUCGCUCCACGCGAGCGCGCGGAACCAGCAGUCCAUGCGCAUGGACACGAUUAAAGCGGCGGCGGCGGAGGCGGCGGAGGCGGCGGCGGCGCAGAAAAAAGCCGAGAUGGAGGCGGCGAGAAAAGCUAACGAGACCCCCGUCGGCGCUCCCGCGCGUCCUAUACGGCCGGCGAACCCCGAGGUUGGAGCGCUGAUGGGCGGCGGUUUCGACGGGACCGAUCCGUUCAUCGCGCACCAGAUGGCAAAGCUUGGCGUGGGGGCGGAUGAUUUGAAAGGCGCGAUGGAAGCAGCGGCGGAGGAGAGGCGCAUGGCGUUGGAAGCGGCGAAGGUGAACGGGCGCGGCGGCGCCCUCGGGAACAUAAUGGGGGGGUACGGAGGGGAUGAAUCGUUCAAGCAGCAGGGGUACGGAGCGGCGUACAAGCAAGAGCAGCCCGCGACCCCGGUCGCGGCGAAGGUGGCGUCCCCGGCGAGGGCGCAACAGACGCGACAGUCGUCUAGUCCGUUCGACGACAUGGCGAGGGACGACAAAAACAAAUACCGCACCGCCUCGAUGGAACAGUCCUCGGCGCUGAAGAACGCGACGUAUGAGCCGCCAAAAUUCGCGAGGAAGCGAGCGACUGAUUUGAUGAUCACUGGGCCUUCCAUGCGUGCGGCUGGGGCGCCGAGCCGAGGCGGGUCGGGAGGGGGUGGAUUUCGGACCGCCGCCAACAUGGGUUAUGCCGCUAGUUGCGUGGGUUCGGAGACGACGACUGUGGCGCCGACGAGUUAUUACAAUCCGUAG